AUGCCCUCCGUUGUAGCAGACGGAAGUCUGCAGUUUAAUACCAUUCAAGAGACUAUAGAAGCAUUCAGAAAUGGAGAAUUUAUAGUAGUGCUUGACUCACAAGAUCGAGAAAAUGAAGGCGAUUUAAUAAUUGCGGCUGAUUCGAUCACACCUUCGAAAAUGGCAUUCAUGAUUCGUUAUACUAGUGGCUACAUUUGUGCCCCCAUCCUUCCGGAUCUUGCUACUCGCCUUAAUCUUCCUCAGAUGGUUACGGACAACACUGACCCCCACCGGACCGCAUACACCGUCACAAUUGACUCUAAUGCACCCUCCAUUACAACCGGAAUCUCAGCCCACGAUCGCUCUACCACUUGCCGAACCCUCGCUUCCCCAGAUACCAAGGAAAGCAACUUCAGAAGGCCAGGCCAUGUUCUUCCUCUCCGGGCUCGGCCAGGAGGUGUCCGCGAACGCAAAGGCCAUACGGAAGCAGCAAUUGAUUUCUGCCGGCUGGCUGGGAAGCCUGAAGUGGGUGUCAUCUGUGAGCUUGUUGAGGAAGGGGAUGAGAUUAGCCCCAACGCUACAGAGAGAACAGAUUGUGGGAUGAUGAGGAGGGAUGGAUGUUUGAGAUUCGGCAAAAAAUGGGGUAUAAAGGUGUGCACAAUUGAAGAUUUGAUUGAGUAUUUGGAGAAGACGGAAGCUUCACUUCCUGUAUCCAAUGGAAAGCAUUGA